UGUUCCAAAACACCACUCAGGAAACGACAUUUCCCUACAUUUAACAGGGGAAAGAGAGAGAGAGAGAGAGCGAGAAUGAGAAAGAAAGAACUGAGGGGAGUUUCUAAGUGAGAACAGAGCAUGUACUGUUUCUUAUUACACACAGUGAUUUUGGAAAUGGAGAAAGAAAAUGAGAGAGAAGAGACAAAAAUAGAGAAAAGUAGAGUAGGCUAGAUGGUGGCCUGGGCUCUGGAGGAUGGUGUAACUACUGGAGAGUUGUUACGUGGCUGUGUCUAGAUGUAUAGCUACAUCUUGUUGUAUUGCAUAGUUUAUUGUAUAGUGCGUUUAUGGAUUGGUUGACUGUGGAAAAUGAACUUCUCCUCUGUAAUGUACGUUCUCUUGACUAGAGCUCUCAUAGCAGGUGUGUGUGAGGCCCUGAAUGUGACCGUGAUCCCUGGGCCAGUUGUCAUGGUUAGUGAGGGUGAGAACCUGAACCUGUCCUGCCUCGUCUCCCAGAAGAAGAGGAGCAACAGCUUCCUCGUCCUCCGAUGGCUCUUCUCUCCUCCUCCUCCCUCUUUCCCUCCUCUCCCUCCAUCGCCAUCCCCUCCUCUUCCUGAACAGCUGAUUGUGAAGUUGACCAUGAAGAAGAUACAGAUAUAUGGGAACUACAGUUGCCGGUUCUCCCAGCCCAAGUUCCAUCUGUAUGAGGAGAGAGAGGGAAGUACAGAGGGAGAGGUGUAUGGACUGCUGGUUCUGAAUGUGACUCGAAGGGACCGAGGGUUCUACACCUGUAGGGUCCAGGAGAUACGCAGACACAGAAACAGCUGGAAGGCUUCGUCUAAUGGCACCUCUGCAGCCCAGCUCACUGUAUACAUCCCACUGGACAGGAGCGAUGAGGGAGUGUGGCGUCUAUUUGGAGAUGUGUACCUGUGUGCAGUGCUCCUCUGCUCCUUGGGACUGCUCUCCAUCUUCCUGUUCACGCUGGUCCUCACCUGCCAGUACCUGCACACACGUCAUACACUCAAAAAAGCCAGUUAUUACCUGGUCAAGUGUCCAGAGAGCUGCUCUGGAGAGACGGUGACCAGUUCAGUGAGCUCCUCCAGGCUGUCUCCUGGAAACCACAGGAAGGAGAAGAGGCACAAAGCAUGCAGGAGAGACACACCCAGAGAACCAGAGACACCGCCACACAGAGUAGAUAAAGUGCCUGUAGCUAGAGAGAGACAGAGUCCCAGGAAGCCUCUACGUUUAAAGAGCCAGCCCAGGAGGCCGGUUAGGUCGAGCGUCUAUGAGGAGGACAGCCUGACGUAUGCAGAGUUGGAGCUAGUACGACCCAGGCCUGAAACGCCCUCCUGCUCCACCUCUCCGUCUUCUCUCUCCAUCCCCGAGCCUCUAGCCUCCAGCCCUUCCAGCUCUGACACUGUCUACGCCCAGAUCCUAUUCCGGGAGAAACCGCUGUAGAUGUCUUAUUUAACCAGGAAAGAACUUUGAGUUUGAAAACAUAUUUUUGUGUAGGCGACCUGGCAAGAUACAGUACAUAGACUCAUCGUAUCUUUGGCACUGCCUUUUGGCCAUUGAUGUGCGCCGAUAGACUGUGUUAGCCUGCUGAGCCAAAGUUUUGGCACAAGCUACAAACCUUCAAGGUUUCAGACAGAGUUCAUUGAAAGGAAAUUAAACAAACCCAUUAUUAUUUCAAAGCACUCAACGAGAUAAACGAGAAAAACCUGCUUCACACCUUGACUCUAUUGAUGAAAUAUCUAUGUGGUUUUGUGUGUUGUUUAGUGUGCUAAUAUCUAUGUGGUUUUGUCUAGGUGCCAGAUUAUCUGUGUUAGAGAUGUGUGUAAAAUAAUUGGAUAUCAUUUCUGCAUUCAACAAUGCUAGAAAUUGUAUAUGCUAGCUACUGUAUAUCAUUACCUUGCAAACAUAUUGGCAAAACAUCACGUUGGCUCAGGCAGAAAGCAUUGGAACUUUAAUGUUGAAAUGUGUAAAUAGGCUACUAUUGUAUGUCAUGAUUGUGGAGAUGUUUCAUAUAUAAAUUGCUGUAUACAUAAUUUUAGAACUGAAUUUAACCUGACAUAUGAUAUGGUCCUUCUUUUCAUAUUAGUUUCCCAUUUCAAUAAACUAUUUGAGUUCGUAAACAACUGUCCAUGGCCUUAAGACCCUAUUGAGCAUAUAGACCCACAUCAGGUAAUCAGGAAAAUAUAUGGCAGAAAAUCUAAGGCUAACACUAGAAAUAGCUUAUAGACACAGAGAUCUCACGGGACAGAAAGACAGACAUCUCACUAAAGCACAGCAGCACUCCUCAUUUUCAGUCUAUGUUCUAGAUUUUCAACAACACACCCCAGUCAUAAACACCACAGACAUAAACAAAUGUGACUCAUCCCGGAGGUAGGAGGUUCCAUGCUCUACUGCCCACCAGGGGUGAAGGAGGAGGCCAUUUUGUGAAGGUCAGAUUGUGAAGGAUGGAUGGAGUGAUGGGAUGGAUGGAGAGAAUGAGAGAGAGAAAGGGGGGCAGAGAGCGAGAAUAGAGAUAUGAAGGAGGAGGAGGUGGAGUCAGUGACUGGGAUGAACCCUCUAAUGGGAACAUUUAUUCAAAUUAAACAAAUUGUAAUCACGCUUAAUAAUUAGCUUUACAGUGCACUAUAAUUGGGUUAAACUACAAGAUGGUUCUGCCUAGGUGCUAUAAUUUAUUUGAUUUAAUUAUUCUGAGGAACCCAACGGUGUGGCGUUUAAUAUCAUAAAGCCAGUGGAGGAGAGAGAACGGCCGUGGACUGUUGUCUCUGAGAAGGUCAUAGCUGGCUCUAUGGGAGAGUUAUGGGACUAUUUUCCAGUCUAUUAAGCCACUCCACUUAGCACAAUUAGCAUCACGCUCAAAGGUUAAAGACAGAGCCCAGCAAACCAAAAUGAGUUCUGUAAAAGUUCCCAGAACAUUCGCUAGGUUGAGGCAAAUGUUCUCAUAACAAUAGUGUUUGUAUAAAACAUUCACCUGACGUGUAAGAACUUUCCCAAUACAAAAUUUAGUCUGCUCUUUAAAAGGUUCCCAGAAUGUUUCAUUGGGUUGUGGGAACAGUCUGGUGGGAACAUUGUGGUGACAUCACAAAAUAUAUUUUCGCCAAAACACCAAAACUGUUCAGUUGUGUGGAUGAUUAUACAAUGAUUCUUUUAGGGUGCAAAAAACAUUUACCUGAUGUGACAAGAAUGCUCCCAGAAUAUUGUUCUUAUGGUCUUUAAUUGCAAGAACUUUCCCAGAACACAUUUUUUUAUGUUCUUUCAAAUUUCCUAAAACAUUUAUUUAGGUUUUGGGAACAUUGUGGGGAUAUGCCAAGAUAUUUGUUCCUAUAACACUAAAACUGUCCAGUUGUGCUGACAGUCAGACAUUUGUUUCAUGGUGCACAAAAAAUUCCUUUGAGGUUGCAAGAAUGUUAACAGAACAGCUGUUCUGAGUACUUCAACGUUUCCCAGAAUAUUUAAUUAGGAUGUGGGAACAGUGGGUACAUUACACUACAUAGGUUCCGAAAAUCUGUCCAGUUGUGAUGACAUGCUUACAAUGUUCGUAUCAGGGAGCACAAAACAUUCCCUCAAUGUUUAUAGAAUGUUUCCAGAAUGAUUCAAAUCUAGUUGUCCCCAGUCAAUGUGUUCAUGUUCAUAUGUUAUCUUACUGUUAAGGAAGUUAGUUGUACAACAAUCUAUGCACAAACACAAAUGGCAAUUAUUUGGAAUCACAUGACAAUUUAUCUGAAAUGUUAUUGUACAAACAUAGUUUUAACAUAUUUUGUUGACUGACCCCAGUAGCAUUGGAGUGUUAUCACUGGAAUCAAUCCACUAAGCCACUGGGACUAACACAAAUAUAAAGCUGCUUACACCUUUACUCUGACCUCCAGGUUGUGGUCUUUGUCUUUGCAAAAGUGAAGAUGACUAAAUGUAGAAAAAUAAGUAUUGUCUAUUAUUUGCUACUCUACUAGUGGU